UGUUGGUGUACCCUCACAAGAGCCGAUAGUAUUAACACACAGAAGCGAAAUGGGACACAUAAUCGAACAGUGUGGCAGCCAGAUGUAAGGAUGGAGUGUGUCUUGUUUAUAACCACUCCAGUAAAGCAUAUUGAUAUGGACUUGGUAUCAUCAUACACCAGAGUUGUAUUUGAUGCAUCUUUGAGGAAAGCCCAGGAAGUAGAGAUGUGUUUGAACUAUUAACUGAAUAGUGUAUCGGUGCUUGGUAUCUUCACACAACCUGCAAACUGACACUUGUUGCUUUUAAAUAGUAUCUAACACAUAUUUGAGAGAAGGAAGUAGACUUGUGUGUCAAAUAUUGACUGAAAACGGUUUCCGUGUUCGGCAUCUUUAUCUAUCAGAGGUUUACAUGACACCUAUUUGAAAGAAACAAGAGAACUAGGAGUAUGUGAAAUGUUAAAUAGACCUAUUUGAAAAAAAACCCAAGAGAAUUAGGAUAAUGUGAAAUGUUAAGCGAAACCCGAUUCAGUACAGGGACGCCUGCCAAAGGGUUCGAAGGGUAAAAUAACAUACCCUAAAAUCUGAGAAAUUAAUGAAUUUAUUUUUAUAAUUUUUAGAUACAUUAUAGUAAUUGAACUGGGGCCUAAUUCACAAAGCUCUCUUAGGCUGUGCUAGACAACAAAGCAUCCUCUUUGCAAGUCUUUUAGCAUUGCAUUGCGAGAGUUUAUUGAAUUUUGCCUCUGGUGUUUAAAAUAUUAAAAAAUUCAUGACAGUCGGUGUCCAAUUUCCAAAUGUCAAACCCAUAACCACCUAGUAGGGCACUUAUCAUCUGGGUUGGGGUUUUUUACGUACCCUCAAAUGACUUUCUGGCAGAACGUCUAUGGUGUAUCGUAUCUUCAUCGGCUUUAUGUGAAGUAUCUUUGAGAGAAGUCCCAGAACCACAGGAGUAUGUGAAAUAUUAAAUUGUGUAAAAACCAAAAACCAAACCCCCCCCCCCCCCCAAAAAAAAAAAAAUCUAAACAAAACUACAAACAAAAAACCAACAAAAAAAACCCCAGCAAGCAAACAAACAAAACAUCCAUCUAAAAAAAAACACCCAAAAACAACAAAUAAAAACAAACAAAACAAAAAACCACCUAACACUCAGAAUGUCAUUGAUUGUUGGGACCACUUUCGACUGUGACGUCUGCUCGAAGAGUUUCAGACACAAAUACCUUCUUGACACGCAUCAACGCGUCCACACGGGCGAGAAAUUCUUCACUUGUGGCAUGUGUCUGAAGGAUUUCACGACCAAACGCAACGUCAAACAGCACAUGUGGAUCCACACGGGGGUAAAACCAUUUAAGUGCGACCAGUGCGCCAGAAGCUUCACCAACCAGACUAGCCUCAAACACCACAUGUUUAGUCACAAUGGGGAAAAGCCUUUCAAAUGCGGCGUGUGCGCGAAAUGUUUUCCGGACAACGGGCACUUCAAGCAACAUCUGAUGGUGCACAGCGGCGAAAAACCGUUCAUAUGCGGAAUCUGCGCGAAAUGUUUUACGCGGAGUUCUAUCUUGAAGCAGCAUAUGUUGAAACAUACGGAGGACAAGCCGUACAGAUGCGAGGCAUGCGCAGUAUGUUUUGCGGACAACUUCUGUUACAGACGACACAUGUUGAUUCACGCUAGAGACAAGCUUCACAAGUGCGAAAUAUGCGGGAAAUGUUACAUACGAAAUUCUGACUUGAAGAACCAUGCAUUGGUUCAUAAAGGUGAGACGUUUGUCAAAUGUGAUAUUUGCGGAAAAUGUUUCACGGAUGACGUCGACUUGAAAGCGCAUGUGUUGAUUCAUUCAGAAGAAAAACAUUUCAAAUGCGAAAUAUGUAGAAAAUGUUUCGCACACGAUUCCGACCUCAAAGACCACAUGUUUGACCACACUCGCGAAAAAGUCUUCAAAUGCGAAAUUUGCGACCGAUGUUUUACGCGCAACUACAGCUUGAAGCAACACGUGCUGCUUCACGCAGACGACAGGCCUUUCAAGUGCGACAGCUGCACGGCAUGUUUUGCGCACAAGAACCGCUUGCGGGACCACGCGUUCGUGCACACGGGGGAAAAACCCUUCAUAUGUGGAAUGUGCACCAAACGUUUCACGCACGGCUUCAUGCUAAAGCGACACAUGCUCAUACACACGGGAGAAAAACCGUUCACGUGCGACAUCUGCAAGAAAUGUUUUACGCAAAAUUCCAACCUGAAACAUCACGUCGCGUCGGCUCAUACGGACGAGCGGCCAUUCAAGUGUGACGUGUGCCCCAAAUCGUUCAAGCACAACGGCCACCUGAAAGAACACCGACUGAUUCACAGCGGAGAGAAAGCUUUCAAGUGUGAAGUGUGCCCCGAGAGUUUCAGAACCGCGGCCAACUUGAAGCACCACGUUAGGAAGAAGGCUCAUUCUAGUGACGCCAGUAACCGGACGUAGCCGAAUGGUUAAAAGCGCAUUGGCUGAUGCGCGGUCGGUCUAAGAUCGAUCCCCGUCGGUGGAAACAUUUGGCUAUUUCUCGUUCCAGCCAGUGCACCACGACCUGUAUAUUAAAGGUCGUGGUAUGUGCUAUCCUGUCUGUGGGA